CGGCUCGGCGAGCCCGUCUCCACUGGCAAAUUUUUAAUACCGGUUCCGUCGGCGGUCCUCCCCCGUCAAAUUCGUCCGACGCCAGGGAUGGUCGACGGUGGCGCCGCGGCGUGACGCACCACCGUAGCCCCUAGGUUUUCCGUCUCGCUCGGUCCUCACCUUUCUCCGUUAACCUCCUCCUCGUUCUGGUUCGUUCGGCCGCCGCGCGAACCCCCAACAAUCCCGCAGCCACCGUCGAACAUCGCGGGGCUGUCGGAGGGACGAUAGUCAGUUACCCAACGGAGGAGAGCCGCGUCCGCUAACCGGGUUCCAGGUCGCGGAAAAAUCGGUCGGCGUCGCUCGGGGGCCGCCCAAAUCGAGCGGACCAUUUUCCCGUUGCGAUUCAUCUGCCAGGAGUCUGCCCCUACCCUGCACGCACCACGGUCCCCCCUCCACCCCCUCCCCCGGCUCCGCCAAUACCCGCGAACUGUCAUGUGAGUAAACCGUCGCGCGUUUCCGGGGACGUGUUAUGGCGUGGAAGUGGUGGCCGACCAUUGCAGUGCCGUCGUUUUCGUCGUCCCACCUAGCCAGGAUAUACCGACGUCCCGUCAACGACGUACAACCGUGUUGAGCUCCAUCGCGAAUCGGAAACAUGAAGAUACCACCCCUGUCAUGACCCAGUAUCACGGACACGCGUGUGGAUGAGGGUAGACCAUCUCAACGAGAGGGAUGUCUGAAAGCGAGGGAGAGCACGUAGCUCGGUCGGUGGCCUUGGAGCAAGCCUACGUCCACGAAGUUUACGAACAAUGCGCCGAGAAGACUGUCCAAAGUAGACACUGGCCACGGAUCUGUCAAUUCCUCGAGGAACUGGAACCCGGAGCCCUCGUCUGCGAUAUCGGCUGUGGCAACGGGAAGUACCUGAGCGUUAAUCACAGCAUCUUUAAGGUGGGAGUGGACCGGUGCAAGCGUUUCACGGAUAUCGCGCGUGAGAAGGAGAAUGAGGUGUUGGUCUGCGACAAUUUGGCUUUGCCGUUUCGAGACGAGAGUUUCGAUGCGGUGCUCUCGAUCGCGGUGGUGCACCACUUCGCCACCACGGAGAGGCGGGUGCACGCGCUGAAAGAACUGGCGCGGGUGCUGCGAAUCGGCGGCCGAUUAGUCAUCUCCGUAUGGGCUAUGGAACAAAGACACAGAAAGUUCCAGUCUCAGGAUGUCUUGGUACCAUGGCCCAAAGCCUACUGCGCCAGCUCGACGGACAGAUCGAAAUAUUCGGGCACGCUGAACGUCAGCGACGUGCACACCGCUCAAAACGCUCAAAAGAACAGCCAACGAAAAUGCAAAAGCAAAGGCUAUUGGAUCGACCCGAUAUUCAGCCCGUCGCCUUCGACAAGCAGCUUGUCCAGCCCGAACGAGACCUGCUACAGCUUCUUCCGUCGCGCUUUGCAGAAACUGGCUGGCGGUAGGCGAGGAUCCGGAAAUCGGCCGUGGUUCCUGGAAAGUUGGCAGAACAGUGGCGGCAAGAGCAGGAAGGACUACGAGCACGAGGAACAGCCGGACGUGGACGAGCUGCCCAUCGAGCUGCGCCGCGUGGAGGAUGUAAACGUAAACGUGACCAAACAGCCGGACUCGUUGAGUAUAAAAUCAAAGAGCCUCGGUGACAUCUUGGAGAUUCAACGAUUGGACCUUGUCAGGUCCAGGUCCAGCAUACCUGGCCUGUGCUCCGUCUUGACGUCGGAAUUGAAUCUGGACGGCGAGUCGCGGACCUCGUCAUCCAUGAGCGGCUCGAAGCCACGGCUGGUCAAGCAGAAGUCUCACCUCGAUGACGUCGGUUUGGAAGAUCCUGAUAACACUGCCAUUCGAGAACUAGAUAAGGACAUUCCAGACUCUCAGGUAACACCCAGUCACCACUCGAAGCGCGGAAGCAUCCUGAAGCAGAGCUCGAUGAACGAGGAGCUGAUGUCCACGGACCGGUUGGAGGAGAAGGAACGGGUGCGCCGGAACAUAAUGAAGCAGGCCUCGCUGAACGAGGACCUGAUGUACAAGGCAACCACGUUCGAGGCUCUGCGCGAGUCGCUCUACUCAGGGAACGCGACCAGGCGGUUCCAGCUCCUGAAAAGUGGCCUUACGAACAAGAUCAAGCAGUCGACGAACAUCGAGGUCUCCGGUAUAUCGAUCAAGAACGGCUUCGUGAAGAUCCUGCAAGGCUGGAAGUCAAGCGACGCCGAGACGACGCCGGCCGGCGGCGUCCAGGACGACUCCAGGACGAAGGGGAACGAGAAGGUCCAGCCCGCCGCCGCGAAGAGGGAAGUCGAGGGGAUCGAGAGACGCCUGUCCAGGGAAGACGGCUCGGACUCGUCUAAAGACAGCAGCCUGCAGAGCGACACGAGCGUCGACUCCGAGGACAGCUUCGCGUCCGUGAUCUUCGUGCCAAAGCAGGACGCUGUGCCGCCCGUGGCCGACAUUCUGCCGGUCACCCUGACCCACCAGCUGGGCAGCACCUCAGCGCCCCCGUCGCCCCGGGUCAAGCAUCCGCCGGACGUUUCUAGCUCUAGACUCAAGCUCAUCUCCAUGUCCCCCUUGCUCAAACAGUUCCCAGCGACCAGCAAGUCCCUGCCCCCGCCCAGUCCGCCCGGCCUGUCCCCCAGGACCCUGAACCCGGCGUUCGCGAGGCCGUUCUUCGGCCCCACCUAUGCUCAGCCACCCCUGAACGAGAAGGUCGACAGCUUGAAGAGGUUCGACCUCAACGGUCAUCAGCCACCUGCCACCGAGAGUGUAACAACUCAGGAGGUCCGCAGGAGCAGCGUCUUCGACGGCAAGAAGCCUUCCCUGCAGACUAUCCGCGCGUACAGGUCCAUGUCCGAGACCGUGGACCUGGACGAGCCGAAGAUCAUAGAGGACACCGCUCCGCUGCUGUCCAACGUCGAGGAGACGAACGAGACGAGUCAGGAGAAGAGUCAAGAGGUCAGCAAGGAAGAGGAGAGUCGCAAGGCUAGGCUGAACCAGAUCAAGGAGCUGCUGAAGCAGAAACCAGGGUUCGCGACUAGGACCAAGCCCUCUUUCCCUCUAGUCAGGCGAGCCUCGACCACCGCCAGCGGUCGUCUGGAGUCCGUCACCAAGGUUCUACCCAGGUUGCUCUCCUUGGAGCUGUUCAAUCCGGAGACGGACGACCUGGACAGCGACUCCAGCGGAGUCUCUUCGCCGGAGUCCGUCGGCUCGGUGAUCAGCGUGAUCUCGGACGAGAGGUACGCCAAGAAGGACAACAACAAGUCCGAGUGCACGGAGUCCGAGGUGCUGGACAGCUCGGCGGAGAACGUGUCCGACCCCAGCGACGCCACCAACGAAGAGUCAUCGGGGUAUGUUGCUGACUCGAAGGAGGACGAGGCUAGAACCGCGACGGACUCCUCGUCGCAGUGCUCCAGGCUCAUCAAGGCUGCAGCCAGCGUGGCCAGCUCCUUGGAGGACGCGGUGGAGACCGCGAUACAGAAAACGCACAGUCGAAGCUCCCAAGCACAAGAAGCACCCAACGUUGAGAGCAAGCGGACCGAGGCCAAGAGCGACAGCUACCAGCUGCCGGAAGUCGAGGACACCUGGAGCGAGGAGUGCCGCAAGCACCUGAUAGACUUCACCGAGAGACUCAACGGGAACCUGAUGCGCUCUGACGGUCGCCAGGCGUCCGACGUCAAAGGGGAUGUUAGUCAUGUUGUGGACAGGAAGCUGGAGAAGCUCGACGGGAAGUUAAUAACAUCACAGGUGAAGAAGUCCAAGUACAACGACCUGUCGAACACCAUCGCCUGGCUGAGUAACUCGAAGAACGGCUUCCCCGAGAACGCCAACGGCUCCAAUGCUGACGACCUGCAGCGCAGCACCGACGACAUCAUGGACUUCGUGAUGGUGUCGAACGCCGGGGAGUUCGUCGACCCCGAGAAGAACCCCGCGAAGCCUUACGUCAGGUCGGCGAACUCCAUCGAGUCCAGCGACAUAGGCGAGUCCAUCGACAAUACCAUUAGCCUGAGCGACGGCAGCCACGCGGACUCGACCGGCAGGCUGUGCAGCAGCAUGAUGUCCCUGCUGUCGAACAACGCGGAGUACCCGAAGUCCUACGCGGAGAAGCGCAGGCUGCAGAUACAGAGGCGCUCGGCGUCCGAGGAGACGCCGCCCAGGUACCCGGACAACGGCAAGCGCAGCACGGACUGCCUGGUCAGCAGCACGGGGAGCCGCGCGACACUCAGCGCGUCGUCGUCGCAGGAGUCCCUGCCGUCCGACCGCGGCGGCGGGGCGAUCACCUAUCACCAGUACUACCACGUGUUCAGGGAGGGCGAGCUGGACCAAUUGAUCAACAAGUACGUGGAGAACCUGCACAUCAUCUCGUCCUACUACGACCACGCGAGCUGGUGCAUCGUCGCCGAGAAGGUGCAGGUCUGGACUAUAUGACUCGAGGCCCGUGCUCGAGUCGCGCACACUCUCCGCGGCAGGCGGGUCACUUACCGGGGAUGUUAAGCAGCUUGCGGAGCCUCACGGCUGUUUCACUUUCCUGUGGCAACGGGUUUCUUUGCGUUUCGAAUGUGCGUUGAGAGUAUUCGCUUGGAGGUGUGCUAAGACUUAUGGAGAUGAAUCAGGUUAGGGUGUACGCUGGCAGUUCAGUUCCUUUUAACCCUUUGCACUUGGAAGUGUUUAAUGUUUUUUGAAAUUAGUUUGAAGGGAAAUCAUGUUGAACAGAGAUAUAUUCGAAUAUUUCAUUGUAUAAGGUUCAGUGUUGAAUAUUAGAUUUGGUUUUGAAUCAUGUGACACCUGGUGCGAAGGGUUAAGUUUCUUGUAUCAUUAUUGACAGUUUGGUUUCUUGGAGCAGUGUUUCCCAACGUGCGGCCAUAGGGUAUUUGAUUUUUGGAGGCAAUUUGAAGUAUCACUUCGUUUCACAAUAUUUAUAACAUAUAUUUAUAGUACUUUUUAUAAUAUUGUAUUAAAUUAAUUUAUCAUAUAAUAAUUUAUUAUGUUAUAUAAUAUUAAAAAUUCUAUAUGUUACAUAGGGUGCAUAAGAAUCUAAAGGCUUAGAUAAGGCACAAAGGAUGUUGGGAAACACUGACAUUUCGUGGAAGUUCCGAGAUGUUCAUCGACAUUCCACAUGGAACGAUGCGUGCAUAGUUGAGUUCUCAGAUGUCAACUUCAGAGUAGAUCGGCCAUCUUUCUGUCUCCAGAGUACUACACGAACCGAGUAGCAAAGUUUCCUCUCGCGAGAUGUCCAAGCAUUUCUAGCGUAAACUCUUCUAUCCGCGACGUGCAUGCGUCGGUGAAUUCUGCUGAGUUGCAAACACAAACACACAAACACAAACACACACACACAUAUACACACAAACAAACUAUCUAAUGUAUAUCAUUCGCUAUGUACUAAAAUGGAAAAAACCGAAAAAAGAGAUGGCGCGCGGAAUCGCGAGCCGGGAAGGGAGCACCCGGUAUAGCGAUCGCGGUUAGGUUUAACGGGUCAAAGGGGGCGGUGUGUAAAUAUGUAAAAUAGAAACCGUUUCCGACGUAAGCGCACAGAUCGGUAAACGAAGGUAUUCAAACAGUAAGCGACACUAGUAGAAUAGCGAUUUGUAUCAUUCGUCUAAGCGCUUGACCAAAAAUGAUGUUUCUCGUUUCUUUUUUUCUAUUUAUCGUUUCUCUGUCAUCCGUACCCUCGGAGUCUCGAGAUUCAUAUUCUAGUCUCGAACCGUGAUAUCACGUGUAUAGCUUUAGUUUAAGCAGUUAGGUCCAUGGUUCCUAAUCUUUUUCAUCGCAGAACAGCUGUCGAUCGGUCACCCUAUUCUGUUAACACAUUGCGUACCGGCAGCAGGGUUAACCCCUUAAGACACAGUUUUUUUUAAAAAAACCGGCCAAAGAAUCAAUUUUGAUAUACUGCGCUUUUGUUCCAUGGAAAAGGCUAUAUUUUAUUCUUGA